AUGGAACAGGAAACCAUUCCUGAUGUGGAACCGCCUCCUACCCCACCAAAUGGCUUUCCAGAUGACGAUGAAGCUCCGCUGAGUCGUGCUGAAGAUGCUCAAACGCCAAAAGAACGCUUUACCGAAAGUGGUGCGCAAAAGGAUGCGUUAUCUUCACGUAUCACACAAAGAGAAAAUGGACAAAGACCAUCAAUUGGAACACUUUCAUCUUCAUCAAACCGAAACCAUGAUGGCGUAAGAGCAUAUUACCAUGCGGCAAAUUGGUAUGUAAUGACCGGUGCAUAUUGGGUCAACGACUAUGUAAGGCUACCUGGCAGGCCUGACUUUGGGCCAAAAAGCAGUACAUUUUCUUGGGAAAAUGUCAGACUUGCACAACAUCCAUGUCCAUCGUGCAAAUACAUCAACAAAAGUAAGCCAGUAGGGUAUCCUGUUUUACCUUGUCUGGCUUCGACAGAUCUUGAUCGAUGCGUUUUUUGUCAUUGCACAAACAAUAGGCCUACUAGCCCUUGCAAUGUUCGACCACGCGGCGACUAUCGUCAUUCAAGCGUAGACGGCAAUCGUUCACGAAAUGACUUCUCGUUGAUGCGGAAUUGGGAUAGGACCCAGAGACCAUACUCAUACGUUGACACGUACGACCGUGCUGGGUCUUCUUCGAAUGAUAACAGAACAAGAAGGUAUUCGGAGAUCUUGCCUAAUGGAAGCGAAACUUCUCGCGCCAAUGAACAAAGUAACGGUCAGAAACGCAGAAGAAGCGAAAAAGACGAAGGAAGUGAAAGAAGAAGCAGUCCUAUCCGCAAAGAAGCUACUCAAGCACGUAUGCAACCACCAUCUGAAGUACAUGUGUACGAAGCUCCAACUCAAAACGAUCCUUCAUCAACACCAACAAGCGUGAACGGAACAAGUUCGACUUCGGAAGAUCCUGCUGUUGGUCUAUUGUUUCCAAAUGAAAACGCCAACAGCUUCGGAACAAAGGGUGCUGAUCAAAAGCAAGCUACAGUGCCGGCUGUCGUACAAGCAUCAUCGCCGGAAACGGUUGCGGUCAAGACAUGUGGGUCAUUUUGUACUUCUGCCGCGAUUCCACCACCACAACAAGCCGAUGAUAAUGAUGCUGAUAAUGACGUGAUGCAAUUGCUAAAGAAAGCUCAUCAAAAGAUGGAAAGUGGUCGUUUAAAAGAAACGAAAGAAAAAGAAGAUUUGAAACAAAUGGCUAGUCAAUUACAAGAUAGGUAUAUACGAAUUAAUAAAGAUCUGGAAAAGUUGUAUGAGAAAAAUGAAGAAUUGAUACAGGAGAACGAAACUUUGAAGCAAGAUAAUCAAGAAUUAAAGGAUGGAAUGGAAAAUCUGAAGCAGGAGAGUGAAAAUUUACGGGACACCCUCCGAAACGUGAGAAGAGAAGUCUCGAAAGCUUUGGCCGGUCUAGAAACAAGUGAUGGUUAG